UGGCGCGGGAGUUCGCAAAUGUUGUCCCUUGAGUCGGUAGACGUGAUAAAUUGAAUUAAAAGAAAAAGGAGCAUUUAACACCGUGUCUACUUCGAGAUACUGUGUAAUAAAAUUAUAAAGGAAAGUCUCAACUCCUUUCGUUUCUCCUCCCUCUCGUCUGCCGCCAGGGAUGUUCUCUGAUCUGACGGUCCCGAAGGAGGGAACCCUGCUGGGCCCCCCUGCCUCCGAGGGGCCGGUGUUUGAAAGAGUGCGCCCGUCGUACGUCAGCUGUUCCGAGCGCUUCAAACUGGGGGAGCGCAGCUUCAACCGCCAGUACGCCCACAUCUACGCCACCCGCCUCGUGCAGAUGAGCCCCGUCCUCGUUAAGCGAGCCCAGCAGAAGUGGGGUGCAGGUGUGCCUAUCAGGAAGCUGUGUGAAAUCCAAAUGGGGGAGCAGUGUUGCAUUGUGGGAACCAUCUUUAAGCACAUGGAGCUCCAGCCAUCCAUCCUGCGAGAGAUCAGCGAGGAGCACAAUCUCCUACCCCAGCCUCCUCGGGCCAAGUACAUAUGCCAGUCAGAUGAGCUCAUUCUGGAGGAUGAACUGCAGAGAAUAAAACUGGAAGGCAACAUUGACACACAGAAGCUUGUUACAGGCAGCGUGGUUGCUGUGUUUGGUGCAGAGAAGAACGAUGGAAAAUUCACGGUGGAAAGCUACUGCACGGCUGACCUCCCUUGCCAACCCCCCAGGAAAGAUUUAGAUGCUGACCAGUACGUUCUUCUGGCCUCCGGGCUGGGGCUGGGGGGCGGCAGUGCAGACAGCCUCCUGGGGCUGCAGCUGCUCAUCGACAUGGUGACCGGACAGCUGGGCGACGAGGGCGAGCAGAGCGGCGCGGCCCGCAUCUCCCGCGUCCUGCUCGCUGGCAACCUGCUGAGCCAGAGCACCCAGGGCAAGGACUCCAUCAACAAGGCUAAGUACCUAACCAAGAAGACACAGGCAGGCAGCGUGGAGGCGAUCCGCAUGCUGGAUGAAGUGCUCGUGCAGCUGGUGGCCUCUGUGCCUGUGGACCUGAUGCCAGGAGAGUACGACCCAACCAACUACACUCUACCCCAGCAGCCUCUGCACCGCUGCAUGUUCCCCCUGUCCCGGGCCUACCCUACCCUGCAUCUUGUCAGCAACCCCUUCCAGGCCGAAAUCAACGGGGUCCGAUUUUUGGGGACCUCCGGGCAGAAUGUAAAUGACAUCUUCAAAUAUAGCAGUAUGGACAAACACCUGGACAUCCUGGAGACCACACUGAGACUCUCCCACCUUGCGCCCACUGCACCUGACACACUGGGCUGCUACCCCUUCUACCAGAACGAUCCCUUCAUUCUGGAGGAAUGUCCACACGUCUACUUCUGUGGCAAUGCUCCCUCCUUCCAGUCGAAACGCAUCACAGGAGCGGAUGGUCAAGAAGUCCUCCUGGUCGCUGUCCCAGAAUUCAGCACAACACAAACCGCUUGCCUGGUCAACCUACGCAAUCUGGAGUGUCAGCCAAUCAGCUUCUCGGCUUUCUCAGCCGAGGAUGAGGAGGAGAGUGAAAUGAACAUCAGCCACUGAGAGUGGCAAAAGAAAGCUAACAAGCACAGACUGUUUCCUCACAAGUAUCUAGUGAUUGUGUUCAGAAUGAGUGAGGCCAUCGUGACAUCAGAAACCUUGGAUUCCUCCUGCUGUGUGGAAGUAACUCUACAGCCAGAUGAUGUACCAGAAUCCCUGCUAUGUUUCUUUGUGAAGUAACCCCUUGUUCACUGUGGUUUAUCUGAAUUGGAUAUUAACACAGAAUUCAUUCAUCUGACACUAGCUAUUUUUACAGUUUGCGUCUGCCUCCAACAUCUAUGGAAUUGAAUAAGCUGGAGACCAUAACUCAGUUAAGUGUGUCUGUUUCCGUCAACCUAUUUGCUGCAUUGGAUUGUCAGGUGUUUUUUUCUCUGAUGUGAACUUAUUAGAAAUAAUGCAUAUUAUAGAACUUGCUCAGGUUAAAAAAACACGAACCUGCAAUAAUGUAAGAUCACAAGUGAGGAAGUGCCACUUGCAGGUGGCAUUUAAAAGACACCUUGUCGUACAUUGUUUUGUUUAAACCCCAUAAUAGCAGUGUCAGUUGUUUGUUGAAGAAGGAUUUCAUAUUUGUUAAAUGAGGACAGAUACAGUUAUGUUCCUUUUAAUGUCCAAAGAUAAUGGUCUUGCUAAGAAACAGAUUAAAUGUAUGAUACAAAUGAAUCUACUCUUUAUUUUAAUAAACGUAUAGACAAUGUUUGGGAUCAUUAUCAUAUGUAUGGUUAUGGGCUUUGAAAGUGGAAGUGUCAUUGAGUGUUAGUGUUUCAGUGUACAUGCAUGCUAAUACAGUUAAAAAGAAAUGAUCAGACUUACAGUACAACAGUCAGUAAGAAUUAGCAUCCUGGGGAAGGGGAGUCAUUUGCUCCCAGAUUGUACCCUGCAUUCAAGAUAGUUGGCCUUGGAUAGAUGAUUGAUUGUUCAGAUGUAUUAAAAUAAAUGCAAAACAUUUCAAGUAAAUAUUUAGAUCAUU